CAAAUCAAAAUUCGACAAUUAAUUAAUCAUUUGACACGAAAAUAAGAACGUCUAGCUGGCGUAACUGUCGACACUUCCAGUUCAACUGUCAACUGUUGUACACAUAACCUAACAAAUCUCGAAACAAAGCUCAACGUUUUCUCACGUUUUACGAUCACUGAAGCAUGGCCAAGCAUCACCCCGAUUUGAUUUUUUGUCGCAAGCAGCCGGGGGUGGCCAUAGGGAGGCUCUGUGAGAAGUGUGACGGAAAAUGCGUUAUUUGCGAUUCGUACGUGCGUCCCUGCACUUUAGUGAGGAUUUGUGACGAGUGUAACUACGGUUCGUAUCAGGGCAGAUGCGUGAUUUGUGGAGGUCCAGGUAUUUCAGACGCUUACUACUGUAAGGAAUGCACAAUUCAGGAGAAAGACAGGGAUGGGUGCCCCAAAAUUGUGAAUCUGGGUAGUUCGAAGACUGACCUCUUCUAUGAGCGUAAGAAAUACGGGUUUAAGCGGCGCUAAUGUGAUUUUGUGUAAUUAAAAUAAAUCAUAAAAUUUA